AUGAAAAUAUUAAUGCUCCAUGGAUCCCGACAAUCAGGAGAACUCUUCAAAGCCAAAAUCCAAGCGAUAGAAAAAUUAACGAAACAAGCUCUGAAGACCGAGAUCGAGUUUAUUUACCCAACUGCUCCAUUCGCACUAGAGCCUCAAGGCGAAGUCUCCGAGCUUCGCGAUCGACAUGGCGCCUGGACCUGGUUCCAGUCUGUAUCCCUCGACAGUCUAAAUCCAGGACUUGAGAAGAGUUUAGAUUUCAUUGCUUCUAUUCUUAAGAUAUCAGGGCCUUUUGAUGGGAUUAUUGGAUUUAGUCAGGGUGCUGCAUUGGGUGUUAUGGUUGCUGCGAUUCUGGAAAAUUAUCGUGAUCGUGAAAUGGCAUUUCGGAGCUUUGAGGCUGGGGGUGGGAUGUUAUACCCAGCCAGUCUUGGGGAGUGUGGUCAUCCACCGUUGAAAUUUGUGGUUUCUAUUUCGGGGUAUGUGGCUUCGCAUGCGGCUUAUCGGGGGUUUUAUGAACCGGCUAUUUGCACGCCAAGUUUGCAUUAUUGGGGUAGUUUGGAUACUGUUGUUGAUGAGGAGGCGUCGAUGCGGUUGGUAAAUUGUUGUCAGGGGUCGGAGGGUGCGGAGUUGGCUCCUUGUAUUAUUCGGCAUCCUGGUGGGCAUGUUGUUCCUAGUGGGAAGCGGCAACUUGUUGGGAUUGUUCAUUUUAUGAAAUCUUGCAUGGAAGAAUAA